AUGCUUGCAAGAAAUCGCAUUUUGGUAGCUCUGAGAAGGGCCAAUCAGUAUCCUAUACUUGGAAAUAGGCUGUUGUCCAGUUCAGCAUAUCUUCAUAACAAGCCAGCUGAUAAAAUAACUAAGCAACCGCCCAGUGGCGAAGCUGAGGUACCCAAGCGUAAACCUCUGAGUAGAAUCGCUAUAGGUGGGACCACGAAGCAGUCGCAGCGCGAUAGCGGCGGUUCUAUCGAGUUUGCAACGUGGAAAGCAGCGGCACUUCUGGUGACUCUUGGUGGAACAUUGUACUACUUUUUUGCUAAGGAGAAACGGAGAUUGGAGAUUGAAAAGGAGGCAGAAGCCAACCGAGGGUACGGGAAACCUUUAGUCGGCGGACCGUUCAAGCUAGUGGACUUUAACGGCAACGAAUUUACUCAGGAAAACCUCAAGGGCAAAUUUUCCAUUAUAUACUUUGGAUUUUCGCACUGUCCCGACAUUUGUCCCGACGAACUGGACAAGUUGAGUGUCUGGCUCGAUGAGCUGAAAAAGAAAGGAAUCGAGUUGCAGCCCAUCUUUAUAACAUGCGACCCCGCCAGAGACCCUCCAAAGGUGCUGAAAGAGUAUUUGAGUGAGUUCCACCCAGAUCUCAUUGGCCUUACCGGAGAUUACAACGCUAUCAAACACGCGUGCAAACAGUAUCGUGUGUAUUUCUCCACGCCACCAACGCUCAAACCAGGCCAGGAUUAUCUGGUGGACCACUCCAUUUUCUUCUACCUCAUGGACCCCGAAGGCCAGUUCAUCGACGCUUUAGGAAGACAGUACGAUGAGAAAACAGGAGCAGAAAAGAUACAAGAACAUGUCAAGGCGUUUGUGCCCAAGGAAGAACGUGAAAAGCGGAAAGACAAAUGGUACUCGUUCCUUUUCAAUUAG